UUCACACCCACGCAGAAGGGCUCCAACAUCUGUGCUCUUAAGACCUACACAGUGGAACUCACCAGACAUGUUUAGAUGGAUUGAAUGAAUGAAUGAUUGGGGCAGGUGAAUGAGUAAGACUCCCAUCCCCCAGCCAUCCCUCCUGGCUUAUGACCUCUCUCCUCCCUGCAGCCAUUAAGGUAUUCUGGACCGCUUGCCCUGCCUUCUCCACCAUCUACUUCCUGUUUAUCAUCUUCGUGAUGUCCACCAUCUUCCACUGCCACCAGCGCCUGGCCCUGGUGCCUGCCCCCUGGUCACACCCUGCCCGUGUGGUCCUGACCCCCAAGCAUCUCCCCCGAGAGGGUGCGUGGACCAUCAACUCCAAAGGCCGCCUGGGGAACCAGAUGGGCCAGUAUGCCACUCUGUAUGCCCUGGCCAAGAUGAACGGAAGGCCUGCCUUCAUCCCGACCCAGAUGCACAGCAUGCUGGCCCCUAUCUUCAAGAUCACCCUGCCCGUCCUGCACAGCACCGUGGCCAGCAGGAUCCCGUGGCAGGACUACUACCUGCUUGACUGGAUGGAAGAGCAGUACCGCCACAUUCCAGGGGAGUACGUGCGCCUCAUGGGCUACCCCUCGUCUUGGACCUUCUACCACCACCUCCGCGACGAGAUCCUCCAGGAGUUCACGCUGCAUGACCAUGUGCGCCGGGAGGCCCAAUGGUUUCUCCAGGAGCUGCAGGCCAAGCGGAGGCAGCGGGCAACUUUCGUGGGUGUCCACGUCCGCCGGGGUGACUACGUGCGUGUCAUGCCGCAGGUGUGGAAGGGCGUACUGGCCGACCGCAGCUACCUGCAGCGGGCCCUGGACUGGUUCCGGGCCCGCUACCACACCACCAUUUUCGUGGUCACCAGUGAUGACAUGGCCUGGUGUCGGCAGAACAUCAACAGCUCUCUCGGGGACGUAGUGUUUGCUGGCAAUGGCUUUCAAGGCUCACCCACCAAGGACUUUGCGCUGCUCACACAGUGUAACCACACCAUCAUCACCAUUGGCACCUUUGGGAUCUGGGCAGCCUACCUCACAGGAGGGAACACCAUCUACCUGGCCAACUUUACCCUGCCCAACUCCCCCUUCCACGCAGUCUUUAAGCCAAAAGCGGCCUUCCUGCCAGAGUGGCUGGGAAUUGCUGCCGACCUUGGGCAGGCCUGGAAGAACGGCCUCUAGUCCUGCUAAUGGCACCCCCUUGCCCUCGGACCAUGAGAAGCAGUGUGGAUAGAGGGCAGGGCCUCAAUCCAGUUUGAAUCUAGGCUUUGCUGCUUCCUAACUAGGUGACUUUGGUGACUUUGGACAAGUGGCUUAACCUUUCUGUGGCUCAGUGUGCCACCUGAAAAUGAACACAGUACAGAGCUGACUUCAGCAACUUCUUGUGAGGACUCAGUAAGUUCAUUUAGAGCCAAUGCCUCGUAAACACGAGAUUAGUGCUGUUUAUUAACAUGCAGGUGGUAUGCAAUGAAUGUUCCCAACAUGCACAUGGUGUGCAAUGAAUGUUACCAACGUGCCUGUGGUGUGCCACAAACAUUGGAGUUGCUUUAAAAUUUGAAUUGCUUUAACGUUUGUAUUGUGUGUUUUUUCUCUUUCCUUCUUCACAGUACCACUAGGAUAAAAUAUAAAUAUUUUGCACUUGCCUCCUGGAAGGAUUUGGUAAUGAAGCCGUUCCUGCCCUCAAGUAAAGGGGAACUGGUUUUUUUGUUGGUUUGCUUUUGCAUCCUAGAAUUUGGGCUUUAGG